GUAUUGGGUUUGUUUAUCUCGAAGGUGUUCUGUAGAAAUGAAAUUUUGCAGACGACAUCGAAAUGUACUAGCCGUAAUUUAUAGCACUCCUCUUCUCAAUAUACAUUCCAGUUUAUUUUAAACGGAUGCUAUGCAUAAGAAUAACUGAAAGAUGAACCCAUUUAAUGGUGAAGAGCAAAAUAUGGUAAUCGAAGGACAAACUGUCAGAUUACCUACUUUAGAUGGGGGAUAUGAAACUCUUUCUCCUAGCAUAACUUUUCGGAAACCGUGUUGGAUGCCAGAUGAGAAAGCUGCUUCAUGUCUAAACUGUGGUGUAAAAUUUUCGCAAUUAAAAAGAAAACAUCACUGUAGAAAUUGUGGAAAAAUAUUUUGCUCAAAGUGCUGUUUUGAAAAGAUGUGCCUACCUCAUUUUGGUUUGAAGGAUCCAGAAAAAGUGUGUAAUAACUGCAAAUUGAUAGUAGAAUUAAUGAUGAAGUCUAAAUCUGAUAAUAUGGCAAUGAAAUAUGAGGCUGUUGAGGGAUUGUCAACACUGACCAAAAAUGUGGCUGGCUUAUGCAAGGUUAUUGAAUGUGGGGGUCUUCACAUAAUGUUGUCCAUGGCUUUAAAUGGAGAUGCUAAGCUGAAAGGUGCCGUAGCUUCUGCCUUACAUAACAUAACACAAAAUAUGAUGUUGAAUACCUUUCUAACAGAAAUUGGUUGUCUAAAAGUUUUGAAAUGUAUAAUUUCUUCAUCCAAUUCUACUGAAGUUCUCAGUGAUUGUUUAAGUGCCUUAAAUUUAUUGUGCAUGGAUUUUAAUAUAAGAACAAAAGUUUUGAAGGAGGGUAUGAUUUCUCCAUUGCUCACAAUUAUCAGCUCUACAGGAACAAUUGCAGUGUUUGCAGCUAGAAUCUUAUUACUUCUUGUCAACAAUUUUGAUCAUCACGAGUUCAUUCUCCAGAACCACAGCAGUAUUAUCUCGGAUCUUUUUGACUGUUUGCAGGAUGAAGACUAUCAAAUGCAGACAUGCAUUAGCAAAAUGCUGGUCUUUUUCUCAGCUGGAUCUAUUUCUCUUCGACAAGCAAUUAUUCAGGAAGAUGUAAAUAGAAGCUUUCCACUUACAUAUUUGUUGAAAGGUGCUUACCAGAAUGUCCUAGUAAAUGUGAUUUGUAUUGUGGCAAACUUAUCCUUGGAUAUAAAUGAAAACUAUGUACAUCAGUAUGUAACUGGCUUAUGUGAAUUGUUGAAUUCUCUUAAUGAAGAAAGUGAGGAGAUGUAUAUACACCUUGGAAGAGGCCUUGCAAACUUUGCUGAAAAUCCUGCCAAUACUUUGCACAUGAUUCAUCAUCUACCUUCUAUCAUAACAAAUUUAUUAAAAUCAGCUUUUGAAGUUCCUAAAAUCCAUGCAAGUCGAGUAAUUAUCUAUCUCUUCUCAACUGAGCCUACUUGUACUCUGGAUGUCUUAUCUCAAUCAGGAAUGGAUGAGUUUAUUGAAAUUAUUUUUAAUCUGCCAGGAAUUACUGAUAUUCUAAAUAACUUGCUUCUCAGAAAGGUAUCACGGCUGUCAGUAUGUCAAUAGGAGAUUUCUGUUUUACUUAUGCAUUAUUUUGGUAUACAGAUAAUUUAAUUAUGCAUGUAUAUUAAAUAGAUAAAAUCAUAUAGAAUAUUUUUUACAUAUUAAAAUCGAAUUAUAUGCCUUUAACACUAUUUACACUUUUAGAAAUUUACUAAAAUGUAUAAAAUAUGUAUGAUUCAGGAUAGCAUGAAAACUUUAAAUAUAAUCAAAUACUUAGAUGUUUGGUUUAUAUGAAAUAUAUUUGCCUGAUUUUCUUCAAAAAGAUGUUUUUGUGUCAAAUAUUAUAAAAUAUAUACAUGUUAGAAAUGUUUAAUUCGUUUUCUUGAAUAAAACCUAAACAAUUUAGUACAAGAUUUAUUACAUUAUUUUAUUACUAAGUAUAAAAAUUUCCUAAAGUGCGAGUUUUACUGAGUAAGUUUUUAUAUUCAUUCAUUAAGAUGUAUUGUAAUUCUACUUUUUUAAUUCAUCAGUGUGCAAUAUUCUGCAUUCCAAACAACAAUAAAUUAUUUUGAAACAAGAUUAAUAAUUUAAAUGUGCACUAUAUUUUAUCAUUAUACUGUAUGAAGCUAAUCUUUUAUAACCACAGAAAAUUUUAAUAUUAAUGUAAUAGUUCUACAGCAACAUUUUAUUUCCUACCUUUACAUUUGUUGCAUUAAGUUUUCCCUUUUUGUAAUAUUUUGCUUUUAAAAUAAAUCUGUUUAUCAUAUCAUAUUGUUUAAACUUUCCACAUAACAAAAUUAUAUUGUUAAUAAACUUGCUGAAAAUAAACCAGUAAUUUUAUGUUAUUUUUGGCAAUUUAACUUUUACCUGUCAGUGAUAAAAUUAAUGAUUAAAUUUGAUUUUGACUUUCUACAGUGAUAUAGAUAUGUAUGGGCCCAUUUAUCUAUGUUUUUAAUCUUUCAUUAAAAAUGAUAAAAUUUUCUUAUUAAUAGCUUACAAAAUAAAAUUUUAAGUAUAAAUAUAUUUAGCAAUGAUUUAGUAAAAAAAUAAAUGUAUUGCUAAAUUCAAUUUCUUAAAGCUAUAAUCAAAUGCAAUUUCAUUGAAAAGGUGCAGCUACAAUAAAAUGCAAAGCAUUUCAUAAUUGAGGAAAAAAGAUUAAAAAACUCCAUCCAUAGCAUGCAAUAAAAUAUAUAAAUUUUUCCCACAUUAUAUUUUUGUUGAUGAACUAUUUGUUGAUUAUAAUAUUUAAAAGCUUUCUCAAAGCUAUACUAAAAGUUUAUCUCGAACUCGGGGAAAUUCUGAAUAUGCAAAAAUUCCUCAUAAUUGAGCAUAUAAAAAAAUGCAACUCGCAGUAGAAAAGCCAAAUGAAUAGGAGAAAAAAUUCCUAAUCUAAAAUUCUAAAAAGUAUCUUUAUUUGUUAUCAACUUGAAUAUCAAAUGCCUAUAUUUGAAUUAUGUGAGUUUUAGAAAGAAAUAAGGGGCAGAGCCAUAAAUGCUGAAGUAAAGCAACAUAUUUGAUUACAAAACUCUCUCAUCCAUGAAAACUGUCAGAAAUCUCACUGAACUUGCUUCUUUAAUGAGAUGCUUGUUAAACUUGCUUGUUUAGUUAGAAACAGAUCCUUCUUUAUUAAUUUAGAUAAUCAAUAUAUACAAACCAAGGACAUAACAUAUUAAACCUUCAAUUGCUGAUCAUAAUUUUUCAUGUUGCAAAGCCAGUGUUUAUUUAUUUUUAUGUAAGUCGCACUUUUCUUAAAUCCAGGAUCCCAUAAUUUUGAAAAUACUCUACUGCAUGUUGUUCUGUUGAAACAAGUCCCAAAUUUUAAUCAUUUUUUCAAAAUGCGAUUGAAAAAGAGAUAAACAGCAGUUACCUUGUAUCAUUUUUACAAAAAUUAAUUCCCAACUUAUCGAGAAUUAAUCAGGCUAACCUAAAUACAAAGCGUCAUGUCACAUUUAUCCAUUACUGACACUACAUCACAUUGUUUAGCAAAGUUUUUCUUUGAUUUGAAUUGUUGCUCAUGUUUUAUAGUGGAGUUGCAGGUUUUAUUUGCUUUAUUUUACAUUUUAAAAAUUCGAAAUUAUUCCAGUUACGUAAGUCUUCCGAUUAGUUGAAUGCCGGAUAGUCAGGCUUUUACUGUAGUAGUACUGGUAUUUAUAAAGCUUUUCCACACUUUGAUUGAUAAGCACUGCCUGUUUUUUGCUUUUGUGAAAGAAAAACUAAUCGCAUUAAAUUACUAAAAAUCACUUUACUUAUAGAUAAAAAGACCAGUAUAUGCUCUUCUUUGAUUGUCUGGCAACCGUUAGGGUGAUAUUUAGUCUUCAUUGUUUAUAACUUUUAUGAUGUCAGAUUCAUAUACAAUGGCAAUUCUAGAAGGUCAUCCAACCUCUACCUAAAACUCUCUGAGUACAGACAGGAUCAGGUCAAAUUAGACAGCCUUACAGGCUAUUAAAUAUGACUUCCUUUCCAAUCUAAUUUUUUAGAAAUUGACUGUUUAUGAAAUUUUUCUAUCAUUCUGUCCGCUAACUUAUAAAUAGAUGUACAAUGCAUAUUAUGUUAUGAGCUGGUAUCUAUUGGUGAUAAAAGUUCUCUUUUGGAAAAGCAAAACUUGAUGGUCCAAAUUGGUUCAAAUUUCUUAGUGGGAGAUAUUUAUUCAUACAUCUUCUACAACUAUUUGAAACAUAAUAAAGGUUAAAGAAUGCUUAAGUGCAUAUUUUUAUAUUAAAUUUGUGUACUUUUCAAUUUUUUAUGCAAUACGUAUUGCAAAAUGGAGAAAAUAACUGCGAGAGUAAAUGUAUAUAGCUAAAAAUAUAAUUUUAACCACUAUCUAUCUGAUUAUGAUAUAUAUGCGUCUCAUUUAAAAAGAUCAAAAUAUUCUUAUAGAAAACUGUACACAAGGAAAAUAUUUAAUUAAAUUAUAUUUUAUUUUGUUGUGCAAUAUAUUUGUAUGUUUAAAAAGAAAUUAGAAUUUUAAAUGUAUUUUAUAACUGCUUGCAGAACUGUACACACACUGUACCUAAAAAUACUACUAGUCCAUGUUUAUUAUAUACAUUUUGAUUGUGUGAAUCAUAUGAAGCAGUUGCUAAAAAUAUUUGGAAAUUUUUAUUUUGCUAUGAAAUAUUUAUAUUUUGUAAUAAAUACAUUUUCCAAGAAUG